AUGUGGAACCGUGACGCCGGCCGGCGCACGAUGGCCAAACUCUUGCGGAUGGCAUCACAGGAUCCCUCGUGCGCUGCUCACAAUGGCCGACGUCACGCGGGACGACCGCGGGCAACGUCACAAGGCCCACGUGACCACCAACACGUGGUCAGCAGCAGCAGCAGCUACUACAACAACAACAGCAACAACAACAACAGCAGCAGCAGAAACUUAACGGUGUUGGCGUGGAGGUGGCCAUUUACAAAGGGAGCGAGUCCCCUGCGGGGUGACGAGUGUCUCGGCGUGUCCCCGCGCUGUCUCCUGUCCCAGGACGCGCGUCUCCUCCCCUCGGCUGACGCGGUCGUCUUCCUGCACAGACACGUGCGCCGUGACCUGGCCAACCUCCCACUCGGGAAACGGCCUCCGGGCCAGAUCUGGGUGUGGGGCUGCAUGGAGCCUCCUCCCUAUGCUCACCUGCCCAGAGGUCUCCACACGGUCUUCAACUGGACACUCACCUACAGGCCGGAUUCGGAUGUCCCCACCCCGUACGGAUGGCUGGAGCCCCGGGAGGAGGGUGAGGAGGGGGGGGAGCCUCCGUGUGGCUCCGCCCUCAAAUCGGCACGAGCCGCCAACCUCAGCGCCUACGCCUGCUCCGGCAAGAGCGAGCUGGUGGCCUGGGCCGUGUCCCACGGGGGCGCCGCGUCUGGCCGCGACGCCUACCACCGCGAGCUGGCGCUCCACCUGCGCGUGGCCGUGUACGGCCGCGGCGCCGGCCGCACGGCCCUGCCCCAACUCCCCGCGGCGGCGGCGGGGGGUACGGCCCCGGUCCUCUCCCGCUACCUCUUCUACCUCGCCUUCGAGAACGCGCGCUCCCGCCACUACGUCACCGAGAAGCUGUGGGCCAACGCCCUGGGCUCCGCGGCCGCCGUGCCCGUCGCCCUGGGGCCCCCGCGGGCCGACUACGAGCGGGCGACGCUGCCGCCCGCCGCCUUCCUGCACGUGGACGACUUCGCGUCGCCCCGCGAGCUGGCGCUUCGCCUGCGGGCGCUGGCGGCCGACGGGGCGGCGUACGGGCGCAUGCACGCGUGGCGGCGGCGCUACCGGGCGCGGAGCGCGCGCGGCUGGGACGAGCGGCUGUGCGCCGUAUUUCGCUUCUCCAUCUCCGCAGCGGACGUUCCCCUACUCCAUGCGCUUUUCCCACCAUUGGCUACCAGGGCGGUCACUUUCAACGACCCACUGGGGGCCCUUUUAAUGGUAGCCUUGACGGUGUUCCGGUCAAAGCCAAAACACGCGUAA